ACUAUGAGGUACUGAAGAGAGGAACGGAGAGCUCACCGCUGAGUCCAUACUAAGCGCGAUCACCAUGGCGUGCCUCGACGCCAACGGCAACGCCAUUCCGUUGAUCGCGGAGCAUGGCCACGGCGCUGUUCAGUUGAUCGCGGAGACCGGCGAUGGUUCGGUGAUGUACGGCGGCGUGGAAUCGUACAUCGAACCGUGUGAGGUGACGCUGAACGAAGGGGGAGAGGCUGUGAAGGUCUCGUCAGAGGAUCUGAUUCUCGGGGGCGUCGACGCUGCGGCGGCGCAGAACACAGAGACGUAUUUCGUACGUCACGUGAGCAAUGGCGUCGCGGCGAGUGCAGUCGAAGACACGCUACCGAAGGAGGAGGCUGGGGAGGAUCAAGAAGUGUUGUUAAAGUAG